UACUAAUUGAUCAUAAGUGACUAAAUCAAAUGUGAUGUGACAAAAUAUUUAAGUGCUAUGAAUUCAUAAAUUUAUGUUUCAAUUUUAUGCAAGUCGUGGCAUCUAUUAUCAACACAACAAACAGUAUGAUUGCGGGACCAGUCAGACGAUGUAAAAAAGUAUUGCCAGCAAUUAUAUUCUUUGCAACGAUUGUGAUAUUCGGUAUAUGGAGAUUGUUUCACUUGAAUAAACAGAAUGAAAUCCAUCCGAAGCACGUUUAUAGGAAAAAGAACCAGGAAGAAUAUGUUGAUAAACAUGGUAUAAGAGUAGUUGUUGGUCAUUACAUAGGAAAUCCGAUACAUAAAAUACCGAAUGCUACCUACGAUAUGAUAAAUGCCAAUAACUUCAGCCCAGUACGAGAAGCCGGUAAAAAUGGUCAUCCUGUGGUGAUCCAAUCCAAGGACUUCGUACAAAUGCAACAACUUUUUCAAAUAAACAAAUUCAAUUUACUUGCCAGUGAUAGAAUACCUCUGAACAGAAGUUUACCAGACUUUAGAAGAAAAAAAUGCACUAUGCUCUUUAAAAAUUACCAGAGCUACCCCCGAAGCAGCAUUAUAAUUGUCUUCCAUAACGAAGCUUGGUCCACUUUACUCAGAACGGUAUGGAGUGUCAUAAACCGAUCUCCUGAGGAGCUGGUAGAAGAAAUCAUUUUAGUGGAUGAUGCCAGUGAAAGAGCCUUCCUAGGGAAGCCUCUAGACGAUUACAUAAAAACCCUACCUGUAAAAGUCAAGAUCAUUAGAAACGCUGAAAGAAUAGGGCUCAUAAAAGCAAGACUGAAGGGCGCAUCAGCAGCCAAAGGGGAUGUUCUGACUUUCUUGGACGCCCAUUGCGAGUGUACUAUUGGUUGGUUGGAGCCGCUCUUAUCUGUGAUACACGAGGAUAGGAAAGCUGUGGUUUGCCCUGUGAUAGAUAUUAUAAAUGAUGACACUUUCGCUUAUGUGAAAAGUUUCGAACUGCAUUGGGGAGCUUUCAACUGGAAUCUUCAGUUUAGAUGGUACACCUUGGGAGGAAGAGAAAUGAAACUGCGAAGAAACGACGCAACGCAACCAUUCAACUCUCCAACUAUGGCCGGAGGCUUAUUCGCCAUGGACAGAAAGUACUUUUUCGAAAUUGGCGCCUACGAUGAAAAUAUGAACGUCUGGGGAGGAGAAAACUUGGAAAUGUCCUUCAGAGUGUGGCAGUGCGGCGGGAGGAUACAAAUAGCUCCUUGUUCCCGAGUGGGGCACAUUUUCAGAAAAUCAUCUCCGUAUUCUUUUCCUGGCGGUAUCAACAAGACCCUUUUCUCGAAUUUGGCGAGAGUAGAUUCAGAAAAGUAUUAUUCCUUUUUUAUUCUUCUUUCCAGGAGUGUCAAAGAUGACCAAAACAUCACUUCAAGAUUGGAAUUGAAGAAAAGAUUACAGUGCAAAAAUUUUGAGUGGUACCUAGAUAAUAUUUGGCCCCAACACUUCUUUCCAAAGAAAGGUAGAUUUUUUGGUCGAAUUCGUAACCUAGGGGUGGACCUUUGCUUACUGAAACCAGACAGAAAGGGAUUAUCCAAUCAACCGAUGGGCAUAGCAAAAAUAGACAGAUGUUUGGGGGAUGACGUACAAAUGGAAAUGUUCGUGAUGACCAACGACGGUUUCAUAAUGACAGAUGAUUCAAUCUGUUUGGAUGCUCCUGAACGGAUAGGUUUGGGACCUCUGAAAGUUAGGAUUAUGGCUUGCAGCGGAUCUACACGACAGAAAUGGGAAUUCGAUGAGAAG